AUGGCCCUCGUACGCGACCCUUACUUCUGGAAACGCUUCUCAACAGCCGUCCAUCAAGACGACGAAGCAAAAACCGCCAGCCAACUAAACCUCGAACAAGCAACUGAGAAACAACCCGACUCCUGGCUCGAGCGCGAACGCCAAAAACGGCGGCGAUCGCUGAUCUGCGGCUUUAUUAUUUUCUUCUGCAUCGUCCUGCUUGUCACGGGCGGUGUGAUUGUUUGGUGGCUUAGCAAGCAUAAUUGGUUGCAGUCGCCGGAGCCAUGA